CUGUUGAGGAGCACGAAAAGGCGCCCCCCCAACGAAAGCGGGAAACUUCGAACGAGGAAAAACCAGCACAAGUCCCACACCACAGCCACCCCUCUCUCUCUCUCUCUCUCUCUCUCUGGCGGCCCAUAUAUAAAGCAAAAUUCCUAGGGUUUCAACUCAGACAGGCACUCGCAGACUUAUUGACUCACUGAGUUGCGGUCAUGGACGAUGUCAGGGCUAGCUCGGCUUGGGUCGCAAGCCAUUCUUCUCAUGUCGUCGUCGACUCCUCAGGGAUUGAGAAAGUGGCGGAGACUAUAGACACAAUCCCGAAGGUGAAUUGGGAUUUCGAAGGAAUUCACUAUUUUGACAAUGGGCCUCUCACCGUUCAGUACCUGUUUGUGUUGGAUGCUUUGAAUUUUUGCUUUUGGCCUGAUAAGGACUUAAAUUACGAUAAUUUGGCCGCAGGUCUAAAGGCAGCUCUACAAAAUGACAUAUCUGUGUUUGAUGUGGAUCGUCUUCAGAAGUACACUGGUCCUGAACUACGGGAGCUGUUGAAAUGGCCUAGGCCACUACCUCUGGAGGAUGAGAGAGUUCGUUUGUUGCAUGAGGUUGGGUUUGAGCUGGAGAGAAGCUUUGAUGGCAAGGCAUCCAAUCUUGUAGAGUCCUGUGGAAAAUCAGCUGUUAAGCUUGUAGCUCUUGUUACUCGUCACUUUCCUGGUUUCCGAGACCACUCAGUAUACAAAGGCCACCAAGUAUUCUUGUAUAAAAGAGCGCAGAUAUUUGCAGCAGAUUUAUGGGGUGCAUUUGGUGGCCAAGGAUAUGGAGAAUUUUAUGACAUUGGCUCAAUUACUAUUAUGGCGGAUUAUAUUGUUCCAGCUGUGCUUCGGCAGCUUGGUGUACUGAAAUAUAGUGCGACCCUUGCCAGCACGAUUGAGGCUAAUAGUCAAAUAGAUGCAGGCAGUGAGGAGGAAGUUGAAUUACGGGCUUGCUCCAUAUAUGCUGUGGAGAAAAUGAAGGAGUUGAUCAGCAUGAAAUCAGGGAAGCAGGUGCUGAGUAUUGAGUUAGACCUUUGGCUUUGGUCUUUUGGCAUUCAGUGUCCUGCUCUGCAACAUCAUAGGACACUCUCUAUAUAUUAUUAAGUGCACCAUAUUCUAUCGUACUAUAUAAUUGUUACUCGGAUAAAGGAAAGAUUUUGGAUUUGAAGUUUCAAGUUAAAGUCUUUGGAUGAGCUUGAUAAACAAUUUCUGACAUCCUGUUUUCUUUUAGAAGUGUUGCGGCUUUUCGCAUAUUCCAACUAAUUUUACUGUUGAACUAAUGAAGAUCAAUAAAUAAUGUUAUGGUAA